UGUUCUGUCAGAGACACACCACAAAUACAAUAGGAUUUGGAAAAAGUUUUAUUUGUCAGAGGCCAUAUUGUAGAAUGGAAAUGUACCGUAGAUAAUCAUAGAAAACAAUCUUUAUUUUGACAAUAUUCUGGAAUAAACUCAUUGUCCACAGUAUGGGCUGGUUUCCCGGACUCAGAUUACACCUUGUCCUCCUGGACAAAAAAAGCAUGCUCAAUAUAGAUUCAAUAUAAAAUAUUGUAUUUGUCCAGGACUAGGCUUAAGACAGGAGAGGAGAAGAAGAGGGUGAGCUGGAAUAUACUUAGCUUAGGUACAAGCAUGCUAGGGGGUGCGGGGAGUGGCUAGGGGUAGGCAUGCCCAGGGGUCCUCAACCGCAGUCCAGGAUCAGCAGCACGUCGAGGUAGGCUUGGGCCAGGCACGCCCGGGAGUUAUCAGAUGUAGAAAAGGACAAAAGAAGGGGGUUAGUGGGAGCAUGCUUAGGUACAUCAGAUAAGACACAGUACAGUACACCAGAUGAGACAAACUGACCAUGGGCCCUAGGCAAAAAAAAACUUGCAGCAUAAACACUGGAGACUGGGACAGGGGGAUCGAGAGACAAUGUGGCCCCGUCCAACACCACCCGAGUGCAACAAGCCAGGGACUCAGACCCCGUAAUAGAGUCAAUGGUAUGGAAUCCUAGUUGAGAGUGGGGAGCCGACCAAGCAGAGACAGGAAGGAUGGUUCAUCAGUCCAUACCUUGGAACCUGAUGUCUCUCAGCAUUAAGGAAUUAGGAAACUAGCGCCCUGUCCAGGGGGUAUAGGCUACUUGUACAUCAAGCUGCCUUACGUGACAGAAACAGGAGUUAGGCUUCUGCCCAUGUAGGCCGUUCAUGCUCAGACAAGGAUUAUUUGUCCAAGGUUUAGCUACGUAACGUUACUUACUUGAAUUUACAAGACUGAAACCAAGUCUGAUUCUCUUACAUAAAAGAGGAGCUCUGUAGGAGAAAGACCUGUAUCCAUCUGUUUUCUUAGAUAUUGGGGGAACAAGGAGUCCUGCAUCUUGUGGUUCAAUUCUGUUGUCCCUUUCUAACACAUACCCUUCUCAACUUCUCACCUUCUCUCAUCUCUCCCUUCCUGACACACACCCCCUCCUCCCAAUAGCAGUCAAUCAUAAUGACCUUUAUUGUGCAUCGUACCAUUAGCUAAUUUACCAUUUGUGUUUCCCCUCUUAUCACUCAUAUGUUUAUCCUUGCCUUGGUGGCAGGCGUAGGUUCUCCUACCGACCACCAGGAAGGGGGUUCCAUCAUAGGGAACAUAUUUGAGUUCCCAAUGCAAGUUUUUUCACGAUGCGAAAUCUGAGAAGUUAAACAACUGACACAAGUUAGAAUAGCAAUCUAAAAUUGAAGUUAGAAUGGACAAUCUAAAAUCGAUUAAUAACACACACGUCUGUCUACUUAACGACCUAGAUUAAUAUCACUCCUUGAUUAAAUUCGAACUCACCCUUCUGUCCAGACGCUUUAUAAUUUUUGUUUACAACAAAGUUGGUCCUUGUCUCCUGUUUAUAAUGGUUCAGAUGGUCUUCAAAAGCUUGCAGGCUAGUAAAAUACUAUUACUGAGACAACUCUAGCUACGUCGGCGCGAGUGGUGCAGACCGGACUAUGACGUCACUUUUACAAAUUCGGUAUCCCGUCUAGCCAUGACCGUGCACCCGAUUAGACAACGAUGGGGUGAUUGUUGUCUAAUCCGGUGCAUCAUCGCAGAGCGCCGAAGAGAGAAAUCCCAGCAUGCAGCACUCUCCACCCAGCGAAUAACGUUACAUGGAAACAGAUUGUAUUCAUCCGACAUUUCACUAACUUGCAACCGUUCCGUCUCUCCUAAAUCAUAAAUUAAAAACGGUGUUAUUUAUUCAAUAUUGAUAAAUUGAAGGACUACUACCAAGCUUGGCCAAUAUAUUAGUAGGUUUUUUAAGGUACUCUUUUGACCGCAAAUUCAUUAAACCACAAAACAGGAUAAACUGCGCAAAAAGAUGUCGACCGAGGCAGCUACUCCUGAGAAACCAGGCCAGGGGGAAAUGAUUGGCAAGGCCAAGCAUGAACCUAAUAAUACCAGGAAGGAGAGGCCCCAGAAGCGUGGAGGUGGUCGCUUUGAGCCCUAUGGAAACCCAUCAAAGAGAUACCGUGUGUUUGUCAGCAACAUCCCAUACGAUGUGAAAUGGCAGGCACUCAAAGAUCUAAUGAAAGAAAAAGUGGGUGAGGUAACGUACGUGGAACACUUAAUGGAUGGAGAAGGCAAAUCAAGGGGUUGCGCGGUUGUUGAGUUCAGGACUGAGGAGCUGAUGAAGAAGGCUGUGGAGAAGGUCAACAAGUACAACCUGAAUGGUCGGCCCCUGAUGGUUAAAGAGGACCCAGAUGGUGUGAUUGCCCAGAGGGAUUCCCACAGGGCCCAGGGUGGUGGAGGUGGUGGCGGCCCCCCCGGCGGCCAUGGUGGAAUGAACAUGGGGAUGGAUCGCAUGAAUAUGGAGAGGAUGAACAUGGGCCCAGGACCGGGAGCCCCACCCAUGGUCAACAUCCCCCCCAGUCUCAUGAACAACUCUAACAUCCCCAAUGAGAUCAUCCACGGGCUGCAGGCCGGCAAGAUCGGAAGCACUGUCUUCGUAGCUAGCCUGGACUACAAGGUUGGCUGGCAGAAGCUGAAGGAGGUGUUUGGCAUGGCAGGAGUGGUGGUGCGUACUGACAUCCUGGAGGACAAGGAUGGGAAUAGCAGGGGCAUGGGCACUGUCACCUUUGACAUGCCUAUUGAAGCUGUCCAAGCCGUCAGUAUGUUCAACGGUCAACUGCUGUACAACCGGGUCAUGCAUGUCAAGCUGGAUGAGAAGUCCUUGCCAAAAAGAGACUUUGCACCACCUGAGAGACCCCCAGCACUACCCCGUGGACUGAGUGGCAUUGGGCUGGGACUGGGGCCUGGUGGCCAACCCAUCGACGCCACCGCACUGAACAGAGGAGUUGGAGGAAGAAUGGGCAGCAUUGGACCUGGAGGCAUGGAUGGCAUGGGCUUCGGUGAUGGCAUGGGUAGAAUGGGAGGUGCGGAUGACUUCGGUGGAGGAAUGAACAACAUGGAGUGCUUCGGACCAUCUGGAAUGGGCAGGAUGAAUGAGAUGGACCGUGGGAUUGGUGGUGCUUUUGACCGGGAGUUUGGUCGAAAUGAAAUGGGCAUGUCUCGCAAUAAUUUUGGAGAGUCCUUUGAUAGAGGAAUGGGUAGCUCACUGGGCAUGGACCGCAUGAGCUCUGGCAUGGAUCGCCUGGGUGGUGGAAUGGACCGUCUGGGGGGGAUGGAGCGCAUGGGAAUGGAGAGGAUGGACCGCGUGUCUGAUCUGGACAGGCUGGGGGGGUCUGGCUUUGACAGGAUGGGCUCUGGGCUGGACCGGCUGGGGCCCAGUAUGGAUAGGCUUGGUUCUGGCCUGGAUCGUAUGAGCUCCAGCGUGGACCGCCAGGGCCCAGCUGGGUUUGACCGCCUAGGCCCUUCCAGUUUAGACCGCAUGUCUGCCGGCCUGGACUUCGUCUCCCCCAUGGGCAUGGCGGACCGCAUGAACACCGGCAUGGAAAGGAUGGGAACCAACUUUGACCGAAUGGGGUCUGCCGGCAUCGACCGCUUUUCCACCACUGGACUUGACCGCAUGGGCUCCACGAUGGUCCGCAUGGGCGCUGCCGGUGUUGGAGGCCAGUUUGACCGGCAAGCUGAGAUGGAGCGUGGAGGCUUCGGAGGAAACAGCUUUGGAGGAGCCGGGGCUGGAGCCAACGCCAGGAAGGGUGGUCAGAUCUUCGUCAGAAAUCUGCCCUUUGACUUUACCUGGAAGAUGCUGAAGGAUACCUUCAAUACAUGCGGUCUCGUCCAGUAUGCUGACAUCAAGACGGAGAAUGGCAAGUCCAAGGGCUGUGGCGUGGUUCGCUUCGACAACCCGGAGACUGCAGAGAAAGCCUGUCGCAUCAUGAAUGGCUACAGGCUGAAUGGAAGAGAGAUCGACGUCAGAAUUGACAGAAACGCAUAAUCGUCAACAGAUCCACUGUCAUUUUGACCCUGAUAUUUACAUAUUUAUUGGUUUGUUGGGGAGUUGUAACAGUGCAAAUGUGUACUUUUAGUUACGCUCGUCCCUGCAUUUUUUUGUGACAAUUUUUUUAUUUUUUAUUUUACUUAUACUGAACAAAAAUAUUAACACAAAACGUAGUGUUG